UGCAUUUGUCACGGUUCGCGGGUGCAAGCCGUGUGGAAUUAUUUUAGGACCAAAACAGCAGCUCAGGUGCAGGUGAGUAUUUAUUGAAGGAAGGACAACGAACAACAAAGGUACUGGGAAAAAGAAACUAAAACCUAAACUGGGUCAUACUAACAAAACAAACCAGAACGCAGAUGCGGGGAGGUCCGAGGAAACACACACGGAGAGACGCAGGGACAUCGAGGGGAAACAACACAGACGAACCAGCAAUCACUAAGACAAAAGACACGACUGAAAUACACUCAGAGAACACAGGGAGAUUACACACAGGUGGGGGACACAGCUGGGAGAGAUUAACCUGACGAGACAAGGGAGGCAAACUGAAAACACUCACAUCAGACGCAGACCUUCACAAUAAAACAGGAAACACAUACACACAAAGACACAGACUAGCAAACGCGGACUUAACACAGGAGUAGACGGCAGAACAGAACAACACUAAACAGGAGGAAGAACAGAACCAAAAUGACACUAAUAGAAAACACAAAACGCUGGGUCAAAAGGACCCAGGAUCAUGACAGUACCCCCCCCUCAAAGGCUGGCCCCAGACAGCCCAAAACAAGAAAACCAAGAAACGCCCAAAAACAGAAAACAACCCGACCAGGGCGGGCGGUGGGGGUCCAGGAAGGAGGGCUCGAAGCCAAAACAAAACAGGAGCACCAGAAAACACAACACGAGUCCAAAACCAAAAGAAGACAGAAAGGAAACACAUCAGAACACAGGAAAACAGUCCAAAACAGAACACCUCAGGGGGCCGGCCGUGAGGACGGCAACGUGGACACAGUUCAGGGGGACGGCCAGGGGGCCGACCGCACCGGAGCCCAGACAGUUCAGGGGGCCGGCCGUGCGGAAGGCAGCGGCGGCCACGUGGAAGCAGUUCAGGGGGCCGGCCGUGCGGAAGGCAGCGGCGGCCACGUGGAAGCAGUUCAGGGGGCCGGCCGUGCGGACGGCAGCGGCGCCGACGUGGGCACAGUUCAGGGGGCCGGCCGUGAGGACGGCAGCGGCGGCGACUCAGGCGAAGGCGGUCCGGGGGCCGCCCACGACGGCGAUGUCGCCUGGCCAGUGGCCUGGAAAGUGGCCAGUCAGCAGCAGACCCCGACGGGAUAGGACCAGGCGACGCCGAAGACUCGGAGGCUGGACCAGGCGACGCUGAUGAGGCCGCAGGUGACGGCGUGGAAGCCGGAGACGAUGAGGCCGCAGGUGACGGCGAGGAAGCCGGAGACGAUGAGGCCGCAGGUGACGGCGAG